CAACAAUGAUCUGUCAAAAGUUGAAGCUCGUUGUGUAACUAAAGUUGUUUCGAUAUUUCUCUAGAAACCGGAGCUGCCGAAAAGAAAUGAUGAAAUUAGAUUAAUCUACAGACAGGAAAAACAACCUUCCUACCUCCGACAAAUCCAUCGUAAAUCCAGCCGCACGUCCGUUGAACAGAAACGCACGCGAAGCGCAAACGAACGAGCGCAACAUGGCAAAGUACAUUGCACAGAUCAUUGUGCUCGGUGGCCAAAUCAUUGGAAAGGCGUUCACGCGGGCCCUCAAGCAGGAGAUAGCAGCAUCGCAAGAAGCGGCCAAGCGAGCGGGCGGUGGACAGAAGGGACAAAAUCGUGCCGCAGCCAACCUGAGAACGGGAAUGACGCUGGAAGAGGCACAACAAAUCCUCAACGUAACGAAGCUCGACCCAGAGGAGGUGCAGAAAAACUACGAUCAUCUGUUCAGCGUGAACGAUAAAUCGAAGGGUGGCUCGUUCUACCUACAGUCGAAAGUGUUCCGCGCAAAAGAGCGAAUAGAUCAGGAGCUGAAGGAGGCCAAGCCACCGGAAGGAGAGAAAACAGACACCGGCACAGGGAAACCUGGUGAAGCGGCACAGUAAUCAAACUGGGUUGUCUUUAAGGAUUGCUGUUAAAAUGAUAAGUAAACGUGUUUAUUUAGUGCACCUACAAA